GCGAAAAGUUCGCUCGAGGUGACAAAGCCUUCCGGCGACUUAUACGAUCCGAUCCUACACCUAUCGCCCUACUCAUCGCUGGAUAUCCACAGAUGUAACACUUGACGCAACGAUUAGAUUGUGUGAGAUGUCGGACCGCCUGAAACGCUACGUGUCAAUCCUGAAGCCGAAUGAAAGUCGAGGCCCGUUUACAGCCAACCGAGCAAUUCAACGGUCUCGGGAUCCGAAUAAGUGGCGAGUGGUUUGCAGGAGCGGUUUGGGGCCCGGUAACGGGGCACCGGGAGUUCAACCGAAGCUAGCAUCUGCUCUUUGGGACCCGGUAAUAUGCGUGCGCGAUAUCACGGCCCGGAUCUCAGAUGUGUCUCCCAGAUAUCGGGCGCUGCACUCAUACUCGGAAAGCGGGAGCAGCAACCACAGCAACAGCAACAGCAACAGCAACAGCAACAGCAACAGCAGCUUGUUCGAAACGGGUGGCAUGAGGAGCGGUGCUCUUCACCCAUCGUUAUUAUUGCCUAGUGUUUUAGUUGUUGUUAGGUACCCACUUCCAGUCGUCGGUGUAUCGCUACCGAAAGACAACCGACUCUGUCUAAUUCCUCGGCUUUGGUGAAUGAAACUCCGUCUAGUGACGAAAAUAAAGCCGGUGUAAUAUCCGAGUCGUCGUUGUUAAUACUCCUUUAUAUCGAUUCAUCGACACUUGAUAUGCUCCGAAAAUUGUGCGAUCGUAUCGUUCAUUACAUCUGUUGGAUCCUCGAAAUCUUUCCACGGAAUACGUUCGUUCGACAGGAUUUGUACUAACCUUGGGCGUAAUUUUUGUUUAGCGUUGUAUUGUUUAAACCGACUCGUUAAUUGUACAAAAACUUUCAUAGAACUUGAAUAUGUUAUAAAAACACUUUAGAAUAGGUAAU